CGGGAAGGUUGUUUUUUUUGCGCAAAGGAGACCCAGCACCGAUUCGCAAGCGCUGCGGAUUCUGAAGCGCAGGGGCUGGUUCGCCCGAGCCGUCAAGCACAGGCCCGUGAUCCGGGGCACCUGUCCGAUCUACAGCGGGAAGUACUAUUACGAGGUUCGGGUCAACUACAUCUACGAGCGCAGCGACAUCGACAUUUGGAGGAUCGCGCAGGGCUUGGUCGACGAGGGCAGCGACGACAAGAAGAAGAGUGAGAAGGGUGGGCCCGCGGCCAUAGGCUGGAGCACCACGACCUUCGCGGGCGACCACAUCGCCUCCGGCGUCGGCGACGACCGGUUCUCGUGGGGGUACGAGGGCGCGAACCCGCACGAGCACAGCCGGCUGAAGCACAAUGGCCACCGGCUGGGGCAGCUGGCCGAGGCCUCGGGAGCCUCGAGACGGGGAGGAGAAGUGUGUCAUCGGCGUCGCCUGCGACGUUCACGAUGGUAA